CGUCGUCAUAUCAGUGUUUCUCCGACCGCCAUCCUGUUAUCUGCCGCCGCUCUGCUUUCUGUCUUACCCAUAAAUUUGUCGGAGCAUGACGUCAUCAUACCCGAGAACCACCGGAUGAUCUCCGCCCUUCGUACAACUACCGCCGCUAAUUGACGCUGUCAUCGCAUUCGCCGGCUGAUUCUUAUCUCUACCUCUCGGAUACGCGUUGGUAUUUGAAGAAUUGGCGUAAAUUUUGAUCGGAGGUGGAUUCCGGAAUCGUAUUCUGUUUUUCUUUGUGUUGAAAUAUGGCGGCUUUGAAGAGCUAUGGCUUGUGCUACAUGGACUCUACUCUCCAGCUUCCCUGUCCACAUCGAUUCGAUGGAUACAAGAGAAUGAAUUCAAAAUGGAUCUCCCCGAAAGCAGCCGUUGUUCCCAAUUUUCAUCUGCCAAUGCGCAGUCUUGAGGUUAAGAACAGGACGAACACAGAUGACAUCAAAUCUCUUCGGUUGAUCACAGCCAUUAAGACACCAUAUCUUCCUGAUGGAAGGUUUGACCUCGAAGCAUAUGAUGACUUGGUAAACAUGCAGAUCGAAAAUGGGGUCGAGGGUGUUAUAGUCGGUGGUACAACUGGUGAAGGCCAAUUGAUGAGCUGGGAUGAACAUAUCAUGCUCAUAGGCCAUACCGUCAACUGUUUUGGUGGGAGUGUUAAGGUCAUCGGGAACACUGGAAGCAACUCGACGCGGGAAGCCAUCCAUGCCACUGAGCAGGGAUUCGCUGUGGGGAUGCAUGCUGCUUUGCAUAUAAACCCUUAUUAUGGCAAAACAUCGAUAGAAGGCAUGAUCUCGCACUUCCAAACAGUUCUUCACAUGGGACCAACGAUCAUAUACAACGUGCCGGGUCGAACUGGACAGGAUAUACCCCCACGGGUGAUUUUCAAAGUUUCGCAAAAUCCAAAUUUGGCUGGCAUUAAGGAGUGUGUAGGGCACGAUCGAGUUGAAGAGUACACAGAAAACGGGAUCGUCGUGUGGAGUGGAAACGAUGAUCAGUGCCAUGAUUCGAGGUGGGAUCAUGGAGCAACUGGAGUUAUAUCAGUUACCAGCAACUUGGUCCCCAGUCUCAUGAGGAAGUUAAUGUUUGAAGGCAGAAACCCGUCAUUGAAUUCAAAGCUCUUGCCUUUGAUGGAGUGGCUUUUCUAUGAGCCGAACCCGAUUGGCCUCAACACGGCUCUGGCUCAGCUAGGAGUUGCCAGGCCGGUUUUCAGAUUACCAUACGUGCCACUGCCUCUGGCCAAAAGGCUCGAGUUUGUGAAGCUGGUCGAGGACAUUGGACGAGAGCAUUUCGUCGGGGAGAGAGAUGUUCAGGUUCUCGACGACGAUGAUUUCAUCCUAAUCGGUCGUUAUUAGCUCUGUGUUUUCCUUGUUGUCUGAAAAAAAAAGGAGAUGAUGAAUCUGUUUUACGCUC